GAUGAGGAUGAUGAGGAUGCUGCUGCUGACACUCCAGAGCCUGCUGGCUUUGACGUGGAAGUGACUGAUGCUCUUGCUGAGGAUGACACUGCAGAGGUGGAUGAGUUGCAGGGGGAGGACAGUGAAGCCCUGGAUGGUGAUGAGGAUGUUGCAGCCGAGAAUGAAGAGACCCCUGCUGAUGCUCCAGCCCCAGCCGAGUUGGAAGAGGCUUUGAGUAAGGCAAAUACUUCCGCUGAUUCCAAGGGUUCCAUUGAGAAGAGGGUUGUAGGUGGAAGUGUAUCCUCAUGGACCCUCUGGCGAUGGCAGGUCUCUCUCCAGUACAAGUCUGGCUGUGGGUACCGCCACACCUGUGGAGGAUUUCUGGUCAAGAGGAACUGGGUGAUGACUGCAGCUCACUGUGUGGAUAGUCGCAGGGUGUAUCGUGUGGUCGCUGGUGAGCGUGACCUCAACAGGAAGAACAGCAGGGAGCAGUACCUAGGUGUUUACCGCAUCUACCGCCACCCUAGUUGGAAUAAAAGGGUGGCUAAUGGCAAUGACAUUGCCCUGCUGCGCCUCCGCUCAUACGCUACAGUGAACCGCUACGUGCAGCUGGCCGUACUGCCUCCAGCCAAUCAGGUGCUCCGUCACGGAUACGGAUCUUGCUACGUCUCCGGCUGGGGACGUACAUCAACCAGGGGCAGGAUCUCAAACCUGUUGAGGCAUGCCCGCCUGCCCAUCGUCAGCUAUGGCACAUGUAGAAACCGAUACUGGUGGGGCACCACAGUGAAGAGCACCAUGGUGUGCGCUGGAGGAAACGGCAGACAGGCAGGAUGCUUUGGAGACUCUGGUGGUCCUCUGAACUGCUAUGUGGGCAGGAAAUGGGUUAUCCACGGAAUAACCAGCUUCGUCUCCAGCCGUGGAUGUAACGUCGUGAGAAAGCCAACUGUGUUCACUCGUGUGUCUGCCCACAUGUGCUGGAUCAGGAGUCUUAUUGGAGCUUAAGUCCGAUAUGAAGACGACUCUGAAUGAAGACCAGUGUCUAUUCUGGUUCCCUCUCACUCAAUUUCAUUAUGUAGAGAAGUAGCAAUAAAACUUUCAUUUCACUGCAUCUCCUUGUUGUGUGCGUCUUCCUUUGAAUGGAGUUUUGGUUAAAGUAGCAGAAAGGGGUUUUGGUCUAAGAAAUUGUGCACAGCACAGCUGCCACUGAUACACUGAUAUUGAUUCAGCUGGCUAGUACGCUAACUGGUGUCUAUUGAUGACGUAGUGUCUUUUUUGCAGGGUCUUCUGUUUCAGACCACGCAUGUACAUAGUGCAUAGCCUGGUUGGCUAGUAGGAAAAACAAGCGUGUCUAUCUGUCCUAUAUGACCAUCAAAAAAGAUUUGAAGAUGAUACCAAAAGUAUUUGCCAAUGAAAGCAUACUUCACAAAGUGGCAAAUUGCUGCAUAUUUUUGCUUUUAAAAUGGUGGUCUGUAUGUCUUUGGA